CCUGGAACCAGUUCGUUCUGAGAGUAUUUGUGUCCUUUAGGAUAAUGGCAGGUCUCUUUUGGAUUUUCAUGUUUCUUUGUGCUGCAGGAUGUCAGCAGUCAUCUCCCUCCCAUGUUCCCCAUGACCAACUGGUGGUUGACAGGGGACAGAAUGUCUCUCUGACCUGUAACAUUACGUCCAGCUACGAUAUCACCUGGUACCUGUUGCGAUCAGACCAGCUGUUGCCACUGCUUAGAGUCUCAGAGACUAACCUCAAAAACAAAAAUCACAUCAUUAAUUCUUACUCCAGUCGCAUCACAUGGACAGGAAACCUGAGUAGCGGGCUGGUCAGAGUGGAGAUCCAGGCCGUGGAGGAGCAAGAUGCUGGGCUGUAUUUCUGUUUUGGGUUUUGUGAAGCCAAUGUGUGUGUAAGCAGAGGAAUUCCCUUGAAACUUAAUGGAGUUGAUGGGGACACCGCAGGAAUAAAAUCUCGCCAACCUUGUUGGAGUCUGGGGAUCUGUGUCCUUCCGGGUUUACUCGGCCUCUGUUCCUUUCUGAUGAUUGGACUCUACCUGUGCUCAGGUAAACUGAGUCCUUGCUGCUGUAAUCCAGGGAGACGGCAUUCUUUGAGGAUCACAGAGGAAGAUUCUUUACAUUACUCCASUCUGAGGCAUCCAGACAAGCCGCGCCCGUCUGUCAAGACCAGACCUAGAUUAGCAGAAGACCUGGUCACAUAUUCUACAGUGACCACUCGCAAAAACUUAAAUGGAUUACAAGCAGAAAAUAGAUAAUUUUGUUUCUGCUCAGCUACUGUUAAUAUGACAUUUGUUGAUUCUUGGGAAACUUUAUUCGGGUUUAAAAGUGAAAUCAUUUUCUAUUGUUUUUUUUUCAAAAAUAAAUAUUUUUUCCAGUAAAUAAAAGUACAGUAUAGCAACAAAUUCAACAGCUGAUAUAAAAUUUUAUAGGAUAUCUUAAGAGUUUUGAAUUGGUGCUAUAACACAGCAAGAACAAACAACAAAUCUCCAACAUACCCAGGAAUCACAAUCUCAUUAUUCUCAAGAUGCAUAUGAGGUAUAAUGUAAGCUAUAUCACUCAUCUUUGUUUUACUGUUAAAAGUUUGUGUAACUGCUGUAAAAAUGUUUUUUUCAUUUGCUUCCUGCUUUACAUUUAAAUAACCAGUAAGCUACUGACAUCAUGAAUGUAAAUAUGAGCAAUAAUGCUGGCAGAAGCUGAACGCUSAGGAUGGAGGGACUUAUACAAAAUCCUGAUGUGAAGAAAUUGUCUUGUAUGAAAAAGUUACCAGCUCAGCUCAGCAUAUCAUUUUCUUUGUCUUCUUUUCUUUUUUUCUUCUAUUUUUUAUACAGUGUACAUUUGUAUUCCACUGCCAAUUAUGGGUCAGUUGUUUUCAGUAACUCAAAUGUAAAUAUGUUUCUGAUAUAAAACUACGGUAACUUUCAUAAAGUGGUUUAGAAGUAAAAAGCUGAUUUUAUGCAAAACUGUUGAUUUGCAGCA